UUCCUUUUUUUAACAUUAGUGCGGUUAGUUCAUAGUUUGACUACACGUCUCAAGCAACAUACUAGUCUAUACUAGUUAUACUAGUACGAAUAACCUCUAUUCAGUCGAACAGCUAAACCGAUAACUCGCUGACAUCUUGAAGAGGACAAUGUCAAAAAUACCCAGAGGACACCUCCAUACGGAGCCAAAGAAAUCAGCCCAUAAAAAUGAAACAGCAACUUCAGCUAAGUCUCACCAAAAACAUGCUGUCCUCAGACAAAAAGAACACAUAUCACGAGAAAAUGUUGCGCCAAAGGUCUACAAAGCGAUUUCCUCAAGAUAUGAACUGCAGGCAGAACUAAAGGAGCAAAAUCAACGAUUGGUGGCUGCCAAAGAGGAACUGCAGAAAAACCUUACGGAAACACAGCAAAGGGUCAACCAUCUGGAGCAGCAGUACAGUGAACUUGAAAACGAGAACUCUAAGGUACAGAAAAACCUCAAGGACUGCCAGACAAUCCUAGUGGCUGCCAAAAUAGACCCAAUUUCAGGAGAACUAAUUGGUGAAACUGCACGUCAGAAUGAAGAACAAAGAAAAGAAGUCAUGAGUGUCUCCACAGACCUGCUGAAAGAAUUAAAAACUUUUGGUGACAUUGCAACUCAGCAGCGUUCUCGACUGCAGGAACUCCAGAAAACAAUGUUAGACCUGACUGAAGCACGAGAACAAAUGAUGCAAGAGAGACAGGCCUUUGCUCUGGAAGCUGCCGAUUUGGAAAAAGCGCUCACGGAAGCAGAAGCUCUCUUAUUGUAAAUAUAUUCACUGGCCUUUUGUUCAAUUUGUUUGCAUGUGAGUUAAUAUAGAUUCAAAUGUUUUGUUGUUCAUGUACAGUAUAUGUUUGGGUCCAUUAUAUGCCUUUAAAUGCCAUUGUUAUUUUCAGUCUUGAUACCUAAUAAAUGUUCUCAUUUUGUCUUCAAAAUAA